AUGAAUUUUUGUUCCACCGGUACGAUUGGCCCCAAUGAUCCUGAUACAGAUGAUGAUUUCAAACCCACAAAUAAGCUUGACAAUUCUCAACGUACCCUAAAAGAUAUUGUUAAGCUGGAUGCGAAGGACAACUAUGUUAUGAUUUACAGGAAUCCAAAACAACACUAUUAUGCAUUCAGCUCAUUAGCAGUUGGAGUGUUGAGUGAAUAUCCUUAUGGAUACCAAAGCACAAUUAUUAUAUAUCAUCUACAAGUAUAUCAAUGUAAUUAUGAGGACAAGGAGUGGAAUCUGUAG